AAAGAAUGAUUUGUAUAGAUCAGAGAAUUAACUUCUACUUUCACUUCAAACGUGCUUUCCUCUCUUCACCUACCCUUCCUUUCCCAAAAUAAAGACGAUUGAAGACUGUUUAUGUCAAUUAAAAAUCAUCUUGUGUGAAUAUAAUUUGAUUGUUGCUUAUUAUAAAUUUAACAAUGUCUACUGGUGCAAUGCUUCAUUUGGGUGGAUCCCGUACAACAGGGCAGCCCGUUCGUACCCAAAAUGUGACAGCUGCUUGUGCAAUUGCUAACAUUGUAAAGAGCUCUUUGGGACCCAUUGGAUUGGAUAAAAUGCUUGUUGACAAUAUUGGGGAUGUAACAUGUACAAAUGAUGGAGCUACUAUACUGAAGUUACUAGAAAUUGAGCAUCCUGCUGCCAAAGUUCUAGUUGAACUUGCUCAGCUACAAGAUCAAGAAGUUGGAGAUGGAACUACAUCUGUUGUGUUAAUUGCUGCUGAACUUCUAAAAAAUGCAGAUGAACUGGUUAAAUGUAAAAUUCAUCCUACUUCUAUCAUCAGUGGUUAUCGUUUAGCCUGCAAGGAAGCUUGCAAGUAUAUUCAGGAACAUUUAACUAUAAAUACCGAUAGUUUAGGCAAAGAAUGCAUCAUCAAUGCUGCUAAAACGUCUCUAUCAUCAAAACUCAUUGGAGCUGAAAGUGAUUUCUUUGCCAAUAUGGUAGUUGAUGCUGCCAUGGCUGUUAAAGUUUCUGAUGGCAAGGGAGGUUUCCUUUAUCCUAUCAAAGCAGUCAAUGUUUUAAAAGCUCAUGGAAGAAGUUCAACUGAGAGCAUGCUGAUAAAUGGAUAUGCUUUGAAUUGCACAGUAGCAUCUCAAGCUAUGCCUAAGACAAUAACAAAUGCAAAGAUAGCUUGCAUAGAUUUCUCACUUCAAAAAGUUAAAAUGCAUCUUGGUAUUCAAGUUCUCAUCACAGAUCCAGAGAAAUUAGAUGCUAUUAGACAAAGGGAAUCUGAUAUUACUAAGGAAAGAAUUCAAAAGAUAUUAUCAGCAGGUGCUAAUGUUAUUCUUACAACUGGUGGCAUUGAUGACUUGUGUUUGAAAUAUUUUGUUGAAGCUGGUGCUAUGGCUGUGAGGAGAUGCAAAAAACAAGAUUUGAAAAGAAUAGCCAAAGCUACCGGAGCUCAAUUUUUGCAAAGCUUAGCAAACCUGGAAGGAGAAGAGAGUUUUGAAGCAUCUAUGCUUGGAGAAGCUGAAGAAGUUUGCCAAGAACGUAUAUGUGAUGAUGAACUUAUUCUUAUCAAAGGGCCAAAAGCUCGCACUGCCAGCUCUAUCAUCUUGCGGGGUGCCAAUGACUUUUAUGUAGAUGAAAUGGAAAGAUCCAUUCAUGAUUCUUUGUGUGUGGUCAAGAGGGUUUUAGAAUCAAAGACAGUUGUUCCUGGAGGAGGAGCUGUUGAAGCUGCUUUGUCAAUCUACUUAGAAAAUUUUGCUACUUCAUUGAGCUCUCGGGAACAGUUAGCUAUUGCUGAAUAUGCAAAAAGUCUGCUAGUUAUUCCUAAAACAUUAGCUGUCAAUGCUGCUAAAGAUGCUAGCGAUUUAGUUUCGAAGCUUCGAGCUUAUCAUAAUAGUUCACAAACAGUACAGGAACAUGCUGAUCUAAAAUGGGUAGGUCUUGAUUUAUAUAAUGGAACUGUGCGAAAUAACAAGAAAUAUGGUGUUCUGGAACCUGCUAUUUCCAAAAUAAAGUCCUUGAAGUUUGCAACUGAAGCAGCAAUUACCAUUCUUCGCAUCGAUGAUCUUAUUAAACUUGCGCCUGAACAAAAAGAUAGGGGUGAUGAUUGAGAAGGGAAAAAAAUAUAAGGACAAACCUCUGAACUGCACAGUGCUUAAACUACGUACUAAACUUAUGAAGCAUUCAUUGUUUAACAUCGCUUAAUAUUUGUUAUGAUUUCAUCAUGUGUUGAUCACAUUUGCUUGUAUAAUAACACUUUGGUACUGGUUUUUUCCUAAUAAAUUAUCCAUUAUAACGUAAAA